AUGUCCGAGACCGGUCUUGUAGUCGUAGCUGAGGAGCUCAAUUGCCUGCACGCACGUGCGUUUUUCAGGAAAGAGCUCUUCGUGGACUACGUUUAUCGACCAGACGUCCGUUAUCGGUUCGGCAUCAAUCUGUCUCUUUUGAUUGACUGCUUGUCGGCGUUCUCUGCGUCAGCUACCACAGGACAUGUUGAUCUCCUUGUUGGGCGAUGCAACAACCUUUUUGUUGACUUUAAAUGUCACCGGCCCGUUUCAUUCUUGUAUCGCUACAAGCAUCUCAGUGCAGCAACUGCUAGCAUCCCUGCUGCUGUCCUGAAGGAAAACCAUGCGAUGCAUUCCCCUGCCAUCAACUUCGUUGACCAGAGUGAUCUGCUGCAUCGCUGUGACCUUUCCUUCAUGGCGACUGCGACUGCUCGCUCGUUGGUCUGCGCGCAUUUCACCGCCGCGCAACUCUCCCCUGCAGAGGGAGAGUCGUCCUCUUUGAAGGCUUUCGCCAAGUCCGUGAAGCCCAACGGUCUCUCUGCGGUCCCCCUCAGCCGCAAGUCUGUCUCUAACCGUCGCAGGACCUGUGCGAAUGGGAGCAGCAGUCGCAGAAGACAGCCAGUGAUGGCGGCGGCGGGCGACGGUGCGACGAAGAAGUGUCGCAUCACGCUGCUGCCGGGCGACGGAAUCGGCCCUGAGAUCAUGGCAGUGGCUGUGAAGCUGCUCAAGGCUCUCGGCGAACUGGAAGGCAUCACUUUUGAGUUCCAGGAGGCGCUGGUCGGAGGUGCGGCGAUCGACGAAUUCGGCGUGCCUCUGCCCGAAUCAACCCUCGCCACGUGCCGCGACAGCGAUGCCGUUCUGCUCGCUGCCAUUGGAGGGUACAAGUGGGACACCCUGCCCGCAGAUCUCCGCCCUGAGCGCGGGCUGCUGGGUCUGCGCGCGGGGCUCGGCGCUUUCGCUAACCUGCGCCCCGCCACCGUCUUCCCCCAGCUGAUCGAGGCGUCGUCGUUGAAGCGCGAGGUGGUGGAGGGCGUUGACAUCAUGGUGGUGCGCGAACUUACGGGCGGAAUCUACUUCGGAGAGCCCAAGGGCUUCGGACAGGAUGCAGAGGGCAACAGGACAGGCUUCAACACCAUGAUCUACUCCGCCCCUGAGAUUGACCGCAUCGCCCGAGUGGGCUUUGAGGCGGCGCGCAAGCGCAGCGGGCGGCUGUGCUCCGUGGAGAAGUCGAACGUGCUGGAGGUGUCGCAGCUGUGGCGCGAGCGCGUGACGGCCAUUGGGGCGGAGGAGUACCCGGAUGUGGAGCUGUCGCACAUGUAUGUGGACAACGCUGCCAUGCAGCUCAUCCGCAACCCGCGCCAGUUUGACACCAUCGUCACCGGCAACAUCUUUGGGGAUAUCCUCUCCGACGAGGCGUCCAUGCUCACUGGCUCCAUUGGCAUGCUGCCCUCCGCCAGCAUUGGCUCUGACGGCCCGGGCAUCUAUGAGCCAGUGCAUGGUUCGGCACCGGACAUUGCGGGGCAGGACAAGGCGAACCCGAUGGCUCAGGUGCUCUCAGCCGCCAUGAUGUUGCGAUACGGGCUCAACCUGCCACGUGGUGCUGACCUAUUGGAGGCUGCUGUCAUGAGUACCCUGGAGGCAGGAUACAGGACUGGUGACAUUGCUUCCCCCGGCAUGGCUCCUCCGCUCGCUACAGCGUCGGCAAUGAGCGGCAGCGGCGUGGAGUGGGAGGUGCUGGUGCCGUCGCUGGUGGGGGUGACGCCCGCUAGCGCCCUCAUUGCCGCCACCGCCGCUGCAGGCGCGCUUGGGCUGGGCUUCGCGCUGUUCAUCGCCGUAGGGGUGCUGUUUCAGCCAAGGUGGAUCAUCACCUGGGUGCGGCAGAACCAGCCGCACAUUCUGUUCGAACACGUCACCAAAGAUCGCCUGGUUGCUCUGACGAUCGAUGAUGGGCCGAACGGAGACACGACCCACGAGCUGCUGGAUAUUCUCAAGGAACACGGGUGCACAGCCACGUUCUUCGUGAUUGGAUCCAACAUUGAUCGAUACCCCAGCAUUGUGGAUCGCAUGCACGCUGAAGGCCACGAGGUGGGCAACCACAUGACAGCAGACGAGCCCAGCUGGCGCCUGUCAGCCGGGGAGUUUGAGUCGUCGCUGCUGGAAGUGGACGCCAAGCUCCUCCACUACUUCCGACGAGACGCCGGAGGCAACCCUGUCAAGUGGUUCCGACCGGGCCAUGGGUGGUACACCAAGCGAAUGCGGCAGCAGGCACAGCGGCACGGGUACAACGUGGCUCUGGGCUCUGUGUUCCCCGUGGACCCGCUUUUCAAGGACAGCAGCCGCCCUCUCGCUGCCUACUGUUUAUGGAAGGUGUACCCAGGUGCUAUUAUUAUCCUGCAUGAUCGUCCCCAGCAGGGCACACAAACCGUUGAGCAACCGGAGCUGAAGAUCGACGCCAUGGAUUGGGUGCAGCAGCCGGAGCUGAAGAUCGACACCAUGGACUGGACCGUGAAGCACGCGCGGCUGGGCGGCGACCCGCUGAAUGGCUUCGACGUGUUCCUCACAGGCGUGCUGACGUUCAACGCGCUCAUCUACAACCCCAACGCGUAUGGGCUCAAGAUCAACGCUAUAUACGUGCACGCGGAGUACAACAACACGUUUCUCGGCAACUCCAAGCUCCCCCCCAUGAACGUGUACCCGUUAAAGUCCUCCCCGGUAAAAGCACCCUUCAACCUGGUGAAUAUCCCUAUGAAGAAAGGAUGGCGCAUAUACCAGAAGGGGGAUGUGCUUGCAACGAAGAUUGACAUCCAAGGGUUUGGGAGAUUCACCGGCUUUGGAAUCAAAAGUCCUGUGAUGCAGGUCAGAACCACUUGUUAUGUAAAAUACGUGCUUAAAGCGUUCUGA